AUGGAUACGGAACGUAGCAGUGUAGGAAUAAGUCCUGCAGCAGCUAACGUGCCGUUGGAGGGGUCAAAGCACGAAGCGGAUAUGACAGGAUCUAUUUUGCGAGAAGAAGAAUUAAAACUAGAGCAAAUACCGGACAAUUUGGACCACCCUGACUUCUCGAAGCUUCUUGAGCUAGAUGAGAAGAACGAUGAUGAUCUGUUUCACGGAAUUGAUAUAUUAGAUCAACACAUGAAGAGUGACCAAGAAAAGGAAGACACAGAGUUACAUGCGGAAGUGCCGAUACGAGAGGAAAGGAAACACGACUCAGAGAAGGCAUCGUCUGUUGAAGUUCCGCAAGCGGCACGAAAAGACAAUGUACUGAGGGAAGAUGUGAACCUCGAGGUGCCACAGUCACCUAAAUCAUCAUCUGUUGGUGUGGAGGAGAAAAAUCCGGUGAAGGAUGUACAGCCAGCUCAACCGGUGCAACAGGUAGUACCAAUGCCACCAGUAGAACCAGUGCAGCCGAUACAACCUGUAAUAAAACACGAUGAAAAUUCACCUGCAGCUAUAAUUCAAGAACGUUUAGCCUACAAUGCAAGAAGGAAUAACUCUCUAACGCCGAUGAUGUUUCCAAUUAAGCAGUUGAACGAGUUAAAAUUAGAACAGAAACAGAUCAAACCUUUGGAAGCUGGAAGUAAAGAUGGGCUACAGGAGGAUCCUAUUAAGGGAAAGGGACCAGAUCACAAAGAAGGUUCUGCAGCGGAUACACAACCUCUCUCACAGUUACCAGGUGGAUCAGUCUCUCUUACUGGCGAAGCAGCCGCGGACAAUAAAUCGUUAGAAGAACAAUCAAAAAUAUCUGCUUAUGCUAGACUAGACUUCCAUGACUUCACAUUUUACGUCCAAACAUUACAAGUAAUAAUCGGUAGACGGUCAGAAAAUGAUUACUCCCAUAAGGUUGAUGUCAACUUGGGACCCUCGAAGUCUAUAUCAAGAAGACAUGCUCAAAUUUUUUACAAUUUUGGAACAGGACGAUUCGAAUUAUCUAUCAUGGGUAAAAAUGGUGCGUUUGUUGAUGACAACUUUGUGGAAAGAGGUAGUACCGUACCGUUGAAGAAUAAAACUAAAAUUCAGAUUGGGCAAAUACCGUUCCAGUUCGUUCUACCAGAUCAUGAAGGAAAUAUUACAAAAGAGACAUCUACAGCUACUACUGCACCUGCGACGACAGCAGCUAAAACUAAAGGCAGCACGGGUGCAAGCCAACCUCCAAAGAAGAAAAAUAAGAAGGAAAAGGAAACGAAAGAAAAGAAGGCACCAAAGCCUCAAAAGCCUCCUAAAAAGGUUUACUCUCUGCAUGAAAUACCACCAGAGUAUAGAACAAAGCCAACCUGCUCUUAUUCGAAUUUAAUUACUUCCUGUCUACGGAAAUAUUCCACUGAGAAAGGAAUGUCACUUUCAGAGAUCUAUGCUGGAAUACGUGAACUUUUCCCAUACUACAAAUACUGUCCCGAUGGAUGGCAAAGUUCAGUGAGACAUAAUCUCUCUCUCAAUAAGUCUUUCUGUAAGGUCUCAAAGGAAGGUAAAGGUUGGCUAUGGGGUCUUGAUGAAGAGUACAUAGCUGAAAGAGAAAGACAAAAGAAGAAACAGGCUGAAGCACAGGCAGCUAAAGCCAGGCUAGCUGAGUUGAAGCAACAGCAGCAACAGCAGCAAAGAAUUAAAAAGCAACAGCAGCAACAGCAGCAAGCAUCAGCUGCAAAGCAACCAAAUAUGGCACAGACGUUAGCGGCUAACAGAUCUGAUAGAAAACCAAACGGCAUGGACGAUAAUCAAAGAACGAUGAAGUAUUUACAAGAGCAGUUGAUGAUUAUAACAAAGGAUCGUAAAGGUUUAGAUAAAACCGUUAUGGCUCAAAUAUUAACACAGGCCUUGGCAAUGACCAUAAAUCAAGUGACACAGGCUGCCAAACAGAAGGGAAUUACUGGUAAUCCAUUGACUGCUUUAAUUGACAAAAACCCACAGCACCUGAAUCUCAUUCUUGCAGCAGCUGUUAAUGCCGCUACUGUAAAAGUUACUAAAGGGAAGGUAUCACAACUUGUAAAUAUGUCUUCACCAGCGGUAAAAGGCUCUCAACAACCAAUAAAGAAAGAGGUUCCUGUAAAGAAAACAGUAACGCCAAAACCUCCUACUCCAAGUGUGGUUAAUCCUUCGAGCUCAAGCUCACUAAACAAAAACCAAUCGUUUGAUCCAACAUCCUUGUCAAAGUUUUUCCAACCUAAACAACAAGGUUCAAGGCCCGUUUCUAGUACAGGGAAGACAGUUUCACCCCCACCGAUCUCAAUGGCUGCCAAAUCAAACGCUAGUGGUAACGGUAGUUCGGCAAUAUCUGUUAGUCCACAACCUUCUACAAUAUUACCUAAGAAACGUGCUGCUAGUGAUACUGAGUCAAGUGAUUCUGACGAUAGCAACAGUAGUGAUUCUGGUGAUCAAAACGGGAAUGGUGAUUCUGGUGCCGAAUCUUCGGACGACUCUUCUUCCUCUGGCGAUAGUGACAGUGGUUCCGGAUCUGAUUCAGAUUCUGAUGGUAGCGACUCAGAUUCAAACUCAGAUGAUAGUGAUGAUAAUGAAGAUGCUAACAGCGAUUAA